CUUACGAGGGUGCGCACGUGCGCGAGCGCGCGACGGCCAGCCGGAGCGGUCACGGCAUCCUCGCAGCAGCAGCAGCGGCAGAGGCAGCAUCCUUCUCUUCAAGACUGCUGGAGCACCGCGAUUUGUGCGUCCGCCGUUUCUGAUACAAGCUAAAGCGAGCCGAGCCGGAAGCUCGGCAGCGUCUUGGCUGUCUUUACUGGGAUUUAUUUUGGAUUUAUCGUCGACGUCCUAGGAAAAUAAGAAGAAAACACAGUCCGAGAGAGUAAACCUGAGUAGCUGAGACCACUGGUCAACACAGGUGAUACUUUCCGGCUGUCAAAUCCGCCGAGUCCCCGCAGACACGUCCGGGUUAUUUCGGGGUUAUUUUGCAGUUUAAAGGCCUCGAUAAAAAGAGACAUUGGUCCUGUGGCACGCUGGACUGUCAGCAGAGAAAUUCAUUUCUUGCGGGGACCAACCCGAGCUCGGCUGCUCGUAUGGAGAAUCCUACUAAACCGAGCUGUUUGUGGUGGGUAUUGCAGUAGAGGCAGCUUUAUUUUUGGGAUUCAGUCUCCACUCUGUCAUCGUCUCCAGCCAUGAAGUCCCACCUGCCGGCCCGGUUGGACUGAACGAGGUAGAGCUCUGCCGAGGGGGACCUCCCCCCUCUCCUCCCUCCCCAAAGUAUUUGAGCUAUUUUCUUUUUUUUUAUUUUUUAUUUGUUUUCAUUUUUAUCUUUGUUUUUCCCGCGAGCUGGCGGAAGGUUUAAGGAGAAGGACGAAAUCUGAAGAGAACAGCAGUGGGAAUCUGGCGCCCUACCAGCACCCGUGGAUCCCACGUUAACAGAAUUCAUCAUCAAUCCAAUUAUCUGGAUAAUUGAGGACGAAUAGGUAUGGAACGCAACAGAGCCAUGGCUUGGGAAGUGUUUCGGAUCACCGUUGCUCAGAAUCACCAUUGACCUGGCACCCACUCCAAGGUCCAAACCCCUUUAUCCGGCACCCAGAGCCCAAAGGACCCUUCUCUCCCAAGCAGCUGCCUUGUCCUCCACUUCACCUUCAUUCAGCGCCCUUAGUCUUGGUCGAGUUUCUAAAAAAGCUCCUUUUUAGUCAUUAAGGGUUUUUUACCUUCCAGAUUGUUGGAUAUAAUCCACUUUUGCUCAUAAAGAGAGACGUUUUCCCAAACUGACUAAAAGCAGGUGGCUGAACGGUAUGAACUCAGUCAUGAAGCCCCUUCCAUUCUUUAUAAAUAGACAGAGUCGGCGGAGUUUGUCGUCAAGGACAAGCCACCUCAGCCUUAUGACAGACUGGUGCCUCAUGAGCGUCCUAGGCCUCAUUCUGCUCUUCAGUCUAGCCUCGAGCCAGAAGAUGGAUCCUUCUAAACACCCUAUCGUGACCACUAACUAUGGGAAGCUCAGAGGCAUCAAGAAGGACUUGAACAAUGAGAUUCUUGGCCCUGUGGAGCAGUACCUGGGUGUGCCCUACGCCACAGCGCCUAUCGGCGAUCGCCGUUUUCAGCCACCUGAGGCCCCGGGAUCCUGGCAGGAGAUCCGCAACGCCACCCUCUUUGCCCCUGUGUGCCCUCAAAAUGUUCACGGUGUACUGCCGGAGAUAAUGCUACCCGUGUGGUUCACAGACAACCUGGACGUGGCGGCCGGUUACAUCCAGAACCAGAGCGAGGACUGCCUCUACCUCAAUGUCUACGUGCCCACGGAGGAUGGUCCGCUCACAAAAAAACACGAUGAAUCUUCAAUGAACAAGCCUCGAGACGAAGAUAUCCGUGACCGCAGGAAGAAGCCGGUGAUGCUGUUUAUUCACGGCGGCUCCUACAUGGAAGGCACAGGAAACAUGUUUGAUGCCAGCGUCCUCGCCGCCUACGGCAACGUGAUCGUGGUAACCAUGAACUACAGGCUCGGCGUGCUCGGCUUCCUGAGCACCGGAGAUCAGUCUGCUAAGGGGAACUAUGGCCUGCUGGACCAGAUUCAGGCUCUGCGUUGGCUCAACGAGAACAUAGGCCACUUUGGCGGAGACCCGGAGAGGAUCACCAUCUUCGGCUCUGGAGCUGGGGCCUCUUGUGUCAACCUCCUCAUCCUCUCGCAUCACUCUGAGGGUCUGUUCCACAGGGCCAUAGCGCAGAGUGGCACAGCCAUCUCCAGCUGGUCCGUUAACUACCAACCCCUCAAGUACACCAAGAUCCUGGCCCGGAAGGUGGGUUGCACCUACGCAGAGACGGCUGACCUGGUUGACUGCCUGAGGCGCAAGAACUUCAGAGAGCUGGUGGACCAAGACAUCCAGCCGGCCCGCUAUCACAUCGCCUUUGGGCCUGUUGUGGACGGAGACGUAGUUCCUGAUGAUCCAGAGAUUCUCAUGCAGCAGGUGAGGUUCCUCAACUAUGACAUCCUGAUAGGAGUGAACCAGGGAGAGGGGCUGAAGUUUGUGGACGACAGUGAGGACAACGACGGCAUCUCAGCUGCGGCGUUCGACUACACCAUCUCCAACUUUGUUGACAACCUCUACGGAUACCCAGAGGGCAAAGACAUCCUGAGGGAGACCAUUAAGUUCAUGUACACAGACUGGGCGGACAGGGACAACGGCGACAUGCGGCGGAAGACUCUGUUGGCCCUGUUUACGGACCACCAGUGGGUGGCACCAGCUGUGGCCACUGCCAAACUCCAUGCUGAGUUUCAGUCCCCAGUUUACUUUUACACGUUCUACCACCACUGCCAGACGGAGACGCGGCCCGAGUGGGCCGACGCCGCGCACGGAGACGAGAUACCUUACGUGUUCGGCGUACCGAUGAUCGGUGCCACGGACCUGUUCCCGUGCAACUUCUCCAAGAACGAUGUGAUGCUGAGCGCUGUGGUCAUGACUUACUGGACUAACUUCGCAAAGACUGGGGACCCCAACCUGCCCGUCCCUCAGGACACCAAGUUCAUUCAUACCAAGCCCAACCGCUUCGAGGAGGUCAUCUGGACCAAGUUCAACUCGAAGGACAAGCAGUACCUUCACAUCGGUUUGAAACCUCGUGUCAGAGACAACUACAGAGCUAACAAAGUGGCCUUUUGGCUGGAAUUAGUCCCUCAUCUUCACAGCCUGCACGACGUGCUCUUUCCCACCACUACGCGCUCCCCUGCAGGUCGUGACCCCGGCACCACGAGGCCCAGGAACAACGUUCCUCGAACCACUCGUCAUCCUUACCCUACCUUCCCGUCAGAUCCCGAACCCGAGGGCUCAGAGCGCCCGCCCCAGGACCUCUUUCCCGGAGACACCCGCGACUACUCCACCGAACUGAGCGUGACAGUUGCAGUUGGAGCGUCGCUCCUCUUCCUCAACAUCCUGGCCUUCGCCGCCCUUUACUACAAGCGUGACAAGCGGCACGAGAUGCGCCGGCACCGGCUGUCCCCUCAGCGGGGCGGCCCCGCCAACGACCUGGCUCACAGCCAGGAGGAGGAGAUCAUGUCCCUGCAGAUGAAGCACUCAGAGCACGACGCUCACCACGACAUGGAGCCCCUGCGACCCCACGACAUCCUGCGGCCCGCCUGCCCUCCCGACUACACCCUGGCACUGCGCCGCCCCGACGACGUGCCGCUGAUGACGCCAAACACCAUCACCAUGAUCCCCAGCACCAUCACCAGCAUGCAGCCUCUUCACGCCUUCAACACAUUCCCCUCCACCGGCCACAACAACACCCUGCCCCACCCCCACUCCACCACCAGGGUAUAGUAGGGACAGG